AUGGAAUUAAAUAACAAUAUACAUAAUACUACUAUUACUGGUGUUUUUGGCGAUGACUUUAAAUUAGGUCUCGUUAAAAUAUGUUUAUUCAGUACAUUUUUUGUACUUGGUCUUAUUGGUAAUUCUCUUGUACUUAUUGGUAUUGGUCUCAAUAAAGGCAUGCAAACAUCAACCAAUCUAUUAAUAUUUAAUUUAGCAGUUGCCGAUGUAUUAUUCAUUAUCUUUUGUAUACCGACAACUUUAUUUAGUUUUUUUGGUCGUUGGCCUUUUACUGAUUACGGUUGUAAAUUAGCUCAAUUUAUCAAUCAUCUAUCUGCUUUUAUAAGUAUCUAUCUGCUUGUAUUUAUGUCUAUUGAUCGUUAUUUUGCUGUCGUACAUGCGAUUGAUUCAAUAUCAAGUUAUCGAACAACUAAAAAUACAACUAUUUGCAUUAUGGCUCUAUGGUUCUUAGGUAUUAUCGUAUGUAUACCUAUUGGUUCGUUAUUUACAGUUAUUGAAUUUACAUCGCCUGCGGCGAUGUAUUGUCUUCUACGUUAUUUACAGCCGGAUGCUAGUAAUUUUUCAAACACGAUAAUAACAUCGAAUAUAACAGAAGUUGAAAUUCUACCGAUUGAGGCAAGCAUUUAUUGGCUUGGCUUUGUCAUAUUUCUUUAUGCGCUUCCAUUAACUGUAAUUGUUAUUCUUUAUGGUUUAAUGUUAAAAUUUUUACGUGGAGCACGUGGUCAAUCCGUAGGUAAAAGUAAACGACGUGCAACACGCAUGAUUUUAGCUGUUAUAUUAACCUAUGCUUUAUGUUGGUUUUUUAUGCAACUAUUAUUUAUUUCCAAUGUAAUCCUAUCGAGAAAUACUGGUCAUCAUUUUGCAAGAUUUAUGGAUAUUUUAACAAUGUUUGCAAAUAUUUUUGCUUACCUAAAUUCGUGUACAAAUCCAAUUCUUUAUGGAUUUAUGUCGAAAAAUUUUCGCUCAUCAUUUAUCGAUUUACUUUGCUGUCAUUAUCCCAAACAAAAUAUUUUUUGUAUUAAUGAAAGCUUAAGAAAUCGUCGUAUGACUGAUAAUAAUUAUAGCAAUGCUAAUAAUCUAAAUUCAAUGUAUUACAAAAGUGAUUAUUUAGUACGAUCAUCGGUCGUCUCGCAUUUUUCACAAUUAACACCGAUGAUAACCGCGAAUGGUCGUACAACAUCGUCGUCGUUAUCGCCGGCAGCAAAUGAAAUUAUCACCAAUGUAUGUACCAAGGAACGACAGGACAGCAUCAACAGACAAUCCCAGUCCACGUCAUAG